AUGGCGAGUACUCGUGCUAUAAACCUUACAAGAUCUCGUCGGUGGGGUCUUUUAUUUUCACGGAGAUGGUUCUCUUCAGAUGCUUUGGUUGAGGUCAAUCCCGGCGAGGUCGGCAUGAUCUCUGGAAUUCCUGAGCAACACCUUCGCAGAAGAGUAAUAAUUUAUUCACCUGCUCGAACGGCAACGCAACAGGGCUCAGGGAAAGUUGGGAGAUGGAAAAUUGAUUUUCUGUCUACACAGAAGUGGGAAAAUCCUUUGAUGGGCUGGACAUCUACAGGAGAUCCAUAUGCCAAUGUAGGUGAGGCAGGACUCUGUUUUGAUAGCGAAGAAGCUGCAAAGGCAUUUGCUGAGAAACAUGGCUGGGAAUAUUUGGUCAGGAAACGUCACACCCCUCUUCUAAAGCCAAAAUCGUAUGCUGACAAUUUCAAGUGGAAGGGCCCAGCAAAUUAA